CGAAAUUGGACAACCGGAUUUUGGGGCAAUGAUGGGCUGUCGGUCAGGCCAGCUCCAAACUCUGGCCUUUUGCCGGCUCGGUGAAGAAAAAACUCACGAUGCAUUGCGACUUGGACUAACUACGACGACGACGACGACGACGCCAACCACGACCGCGAGCGCCCCCUCGAAGCGCAUUCCACACCCUCCUCCUCCUCCUCCUCUCCUCCAACGAUGCGGCGCCCGUUCGGCUACCGCGACGCCAUCUCGGUGCUGCAGGUGGCGGCCUUCACCAUCUACCUCGGUGUCGCCUUCGUCGUCCUGUGCACGCGGCGCAGCGGCUGGUGGAGCCUCCUCGUCUUCUCGCUCCUGCGGCUCGUGGGCGCGGCGCUGAUGCUGGCCACGUUCGAGCGCAACUCGCGCGACGUGUGGGCGGGGGUGCUCGUGUGCGAGUCGCUCUGCAUCGCGCAGAUGACGGUCCUGCUCAAGACCCUGCUCGCGCGCCUGAACCGCUUCGCCUGCGUCUUGCCGACCUGGGGCUUCGUGCUGCCCGAGGCCCUCGCCUUUGGCGGCAUCGGCCUGGCCACCGCCGGCUUCGUCUACGCCGAGGACUGGCCCGACCCGCUGGCGCCCAACCCCAUCGCCCAGUCGGCCGUCGUCUUCUUCACCGCCCUGUACCUCUACACCGUCGGCCUCUUUGUGCGCCUCUGGGUCGCGCGCGACGACAAGGUCCCGCCGGCCGAGCGGCCCGCGCUGCUGUGCUUCGCCAUCCUGAUGCCCUUCAUGCUGGCCCGCAUCUCGUACUCGCUCGUCUUCGUCAUCACGGGCGACGAGCGCUUCAACGCCGUGCUGGGCGACCCCACCGUCUACCUGUUCCUCGUCGCCGCCAACGAGGUCGGCAUGGUCGCCGGCUGGUCGACGACGACGCUCAAGCUGGGCAAGCUGCCGUUCAAGAUGAACGCCUACGGGAUCGCCGUGCCCGACAUUCGCAUCGGCCGCCACGAGGAGCGCGACAUACCGCCAUCGCCGGACCUGCCGAGCCAGGAAUCCGCGCCCCAAAAAGGGGCAGGGGAAGCCAGCGCUAAAAGUUGACCAAAAACAACUGCGCGACCUUCUUGAUGACUGUACAUAAUACGAAAUCAAAUAAUUGUUAAUUCCACGAUGCAAUGAGCAAAGGAAGC